AUGAAUCGACAAAUCUUAUCAUCAUCAUCUUGGUUUAAUGAAAUUGAAUUUUCCAAACUUGUUACUGAAUUAUGUCAUCAAAAAUAUAAGUUAAUUAAUAAAAGUAAAUCAUCAUCAGUACAAAAUUACAAUAAUAACAACAAUAAAGAAUGGACUGUUUUAGCUGGAAUAGUUUCCUGUACUGUCCGAGUUAUAGGGGAAUAUGACUUAUCAUGUGUAUCAAUUGGGAGCGGUUUAAAAUGUUUAUCACAGAACAAACUUUCAAAGAAUGGUGACCUUAUACAUGAUAGUCAUGCUGAAGUUUUAGCUAAAAGAGCAUUUAUUAUAAAUGAAUUAGAGUUAGCACUGAGUUCUCAAUCAGAAUACUUUAUUAUGAAUGAUCAAUUAUCACAAGAGAAGAAGAAGAAUAAAUUCAAACCAUUGUUUAAAUUUAAAGACUCUUCUUUAACAUUUCAUAUGUACAUUAAGGAUCAAAUGAUUCAAGUUAAGCUUGGUAAGGAUGGUUUUAGACGCGGAAGAAUGGAUUAUAAAUCUAUUGGGGUUCUGAGAACUAAACCUGGUAGAGCUGAUUCUGAGCCAACUUUAUCAAUGUCAUGCAGCGAUAAAUUGGCUCAAUGGAAUGUUGUUGGAUUACAAUCAUCUCUUCUCUCAGAACUUAUAUCGCCGAUUUAUUUAUCUACAAUAAUAAUUGGUGAUUUGUUUUCCAAACAAUCUUUGGAGAGAGCUUUAUUUGAAAGAAUCCAAGGAUUACAAAGUUUACCUUAUCCAUAUUCAUGUAAUAUUCCAAAAAUAAUUCAAUCAACCCAAGAAUUUGACGAAUCAUUUAAUUACAUAUCAAACCAAUUUCCUCAAGGAAAAAUUGUUACAUCAAACAUUGCAAAAGUUUGGCUCAAAGGUCCUUCAAACAACAUUGAAUUUCUUGUAAAUGGUCGAAAACAAGGUGCAUCCAAAUCAAAACUUUCAUCUAAAACAAGGAGUUUGGUAUCAAAACUAUCAUUAUUUAAAAGUAUUGUAGAAUUGUUAAGUAAAAUCCCAUCUGAUCUUGUUUCCGAUGAUUUAAGAAUAACAAAAGAAAUAUCUUAUCGAGAAUUCAAAUCAAUUAAUAAAGAUUAUCAACUUGCCAAAAAAUGCUUGAGAGAACAAAUAUUUAAAGAGUGGAUUAAAUGUCCAAGCGAAAUUUAUGAAAAUUUUAGCAUUUAG